AUGUCUGAUAACGAAAAAGUUGAUAAAACUGAACCAAAAGAUUCUUCUGUUGAAGUAUCGCCCGUUAAACGAGUUAAGAGAUUGGAAAAGAAACCACUAACGCCAACGAAAGGCAGAGUUAGUAAACCUGCAAGACAGCGUACAGUAUCACCACGUAUGAAGGCCAAGCAAGUAGCUUUGGCGACAACCAGAAAUCCACAACAACAACAAAGGCAAAAUAAGGAUUCAUUCUAUCGAGGCGCCUUGUUGGGUUCGUUCUUGGGAGCGACACUGAGUACUGUAAUUACCAAUGCCAUUGCUAAACUGUUAGGUUAA